UCCUCCUCUGAUCGGGAGCAAAGCAGCGAUCAGGCUUACUGCUUAGUGGCAGUCAUGAGGAUGGAGCAUGACUUCCAUAUGGCCGAAGGAGAAGACGACAACAGCUACGCCAAGAACUCAAGGCUUCAGGAAAAUGCCUUGGUUGAGACUAAGCCGGCUCUCCAGGAGGCCGUGACACAAGUGUACGCGGCUCUCCCCCAUCCAACAAUGACCAUUGUUGACCUGGGCUGCUCUUCAGGCGAGAACACGCUCUUCUUCGUCUCCAAUGUGAUCAAAGCGGUCGCCGACCAUCUUGAGAAGCUCGGUGGCCGUACCGCUGAGCUCCAGUUCUUUCUCAAUGAUUUACCAGGAAAUGACUUCAACCGCGUCUUUCGAUCGGUUCAACGAUUCAAGAACUCGAUUGGUGGUAUGUGUCGUCGCAAGGGAGAGGAGAUACCUGCUUUCUUCAUCGCCGGGUUGCCGAGCUCCUACUACAGGAGGCUUCUGCCUCGCAGCAGUGUUCACCUCUUUCACUCGUCGUAUUGCCUGCAUUGGCGCUCUCGGCUUCCCCAUGGAUUAGAGGGCAAGAAAAGACCAUAUCUCAACAAAGGAAACAUCUACAUUGCGAUGACUACCCCACCAUCGGUGGUAAAAAUGUACCAAGAGGAGUUUGAGAAGGACAUGUUGUUGCUCCUCCGUCUGCGACAUGAAGAACUAGUUGCAGGCGGACAGAUGAUGCUCACAUUUCUAGGGAGGAAACAUGGUGAUGCCUACAGCGGAGGUCUCUGCCGUCUACUCGGGCUACUUUCACGGUCUGUGCAAUCACUUGUUGACGAGGGCCUCGUGGAGAAGGAAAAGCUCGACUCCUUUAAUCUACCUUUGUACGGCCCAUCGAUGGAAGAAGUCAAAGCAAUCGUCGAUCAAAGCCAGCAGUUUCGCAUGAAUCAUAUCAAGCUGUUCGAGACCAACUGGGAUCCUUACGACGAUUCGGAAGGCAAUGAUGUGCGUGACAGUGUCCAAAGUGGCAUAAAUGUCUCCAAGACCUUGAGGGCAGUGAUGGAGCCCCUGUUUGCAAGCCAUUUCGGCGAAUCCGUCCUCGACGAGCUCUUCAAGAAAUUUGCAUACAACGUCGAGGUGCACCUAAAGAAGGAGAAGACCAAGUACUCCGUCAUUACUCUGUCGUUAACAAGAAUAUGAGGCCUAUGUGAUCGUUUCAUGUGUGCUUGCAAUUUAUGUAUUUACUAGCUCCCCUGAUAAUAAAAUUAUGUUUUAUCUA